UUCCCCGCGAUAAUGUCAACAGUUUGAGCAGACGCCUCGCUUUACUUCCGUUAAACUGUUCUGGAAGCUCUUUUAAAAUCCUUGUAGCGAUGAAUUUCUAUUGGAAAUGUGCUAGUUUGAUCUGCUUUUGCGUUUUAAAUCUUGCUACUAGCGAGGAUGUGAAAUAUGCCACGCCAUGUGAGGUGUGCAAAAUAGUUACCAGUGAACUUGAAGAACGACUGAAGGAAACCGGCAAAAGCCAUGAUUUUCUUGAAACUGGCUAUAGCAUUGACGCAAAAAAGGGCAAGAAGAAAUAUCAAACAUCUGAACUGAGAUUAGUAGAAUCUCUUGAAGGCUUAUGUGAAAGAAUCCUUGAUUAUCGAAUUCACAAGGAAAGGACAGAUUCUAGCAGAUUUUCUAAAGAAAUGAGUCAAACUUUUAAAACUUUGCAUGGAUUAGUGGCCAAAGGUGUAAAAGUGGAUUUAGGAAUUCCUCAUGAGAUGUGGGAUAAGCCACCAGCAGAAGUUACCCAGUUGAAAACACAGUGUGAAUCUUUGCUAGAAGAUAAUGAAGAUCGAAUUGAGGACUGGUAUGCACAUCACCAAAGCACAGAUUUGCAAAAUUACUUGUGCAGACAACAUAUUUUAUCUAAAAAUCAGCAAAAUUGCUUGGACGAAAAGGGUGAAAGAGCCACAAACGUUGAAUUAUAGUCGUGUGUUUUAGCUUUACUCUCCAUGUAAUACAGGCGGUAUAUUUAUGACUGU